AUGAUUCAAAGUAUCGUACUGGGUGAUCCGGCAAGCCUGGAAAAUUGUGCAUUCAAGUUUUGUAAAAAAUGCUAUACACGUGAGAGUAUAAAUGCAUUCACAUAUCUUGCCAGUAGUAUUUUUGAAUCAGCCACUGCAUCGUUGCUAACCUCAGAUCCGGCAACACAACCAGCAAGUAGUCCUAUGAUAAUUGCUACAACAAACGCGGCAGCUAACCCAUCAUCUGGUUCGAUGACCAAGUCAUUUAUGGCACAAGGAAUUUCAAAAAUGUUUGUGGAGAGCCUUCCAAACAUAUUUAAAAGAGCCGAACGAACUAAUCAGAUUGCAAAGUUCACCGACCAUGAAGCAUUUGUGCAAAGAGUGGUUGCAACAUCAGCCUCGUGCGCGUCCAUAUUUGCGGUUUUGGUAGCAUUGUAUUUUCUUUCAGCGAUAGAUCCAAAGCGACUAGUUUUCCGACACCAAUUGAUUUCAUUUUUGCUACUUUUUGAUUUGCUAAAAGCAUGUAUUCUACUCAUAUACCCUACGAGAGUCAUGACCCAUACUUCCUCGUACUACAAUCGAAAAUUUUGUCAAGUUGUGGGCUUUUUCACCGCUACGGCAAUUGAAGGUGCUGAUAUUGCAAUAUUAUCAUUUGCAUUGCACACUUAUCUACUUAUUUUUAAACCUUCGCUUAAUAUGAAACUGCCGCAUUUGAACAGGGUUGAAGGUGGUUUAUACAAAAUACGAUGGUUGGUGUAUUCGCUUUCCAUUGUAGUUCCUUUGGUAUUUGCCAGUUUGGCAUUCAUUAAUGGGACUGGGUAUGAUUCAUUGGUUUGCUGGUGCUACUUACCGGAAAGGCCAGUUUGGUAUAGGUUGGUAUUGAGCUGGGUACCGCGAUGGUGCAUUGUUGUUGCAAUCUUUUUGAUCUAUGGCAUGAUUUAUUUCCAUGUGAUUAAAGAGUUUAAGAUAUUGAAUAGCUUGUUCACAACCACAAGUAGAGAAGGUCCAUUAAAAUUCAAGGACCAGAUGCCGACUUUUUUUGCAUCUUUUAGAUACUUUUUCUUGUCAGUAAAAAGUCGACUAUUCCCCAAACUCGUACUUUCAGAGGGAUCCAAUGGUCUCAGUGCCACACAGCUGCGACGAAGCCAUAAUAAUUGCCUCAGUAGAGAAGCUACGAGCUCUCGUGGGAUUGACACAGCAAAUUAUGAAGGCAAUUCUGACGAGCUGGAAUCAAACGAAGUGGAUGACUUGAGUGAACUAGAAGAGGACUUGUUUGCAUACCACCCUGACUUUCCAUUUCCCCCCAAGAAAUCAUCAACCACUUUUGAAGAUGCUGGUAUUCAGCAAGCUAGUAUCGAGCAUUUUCAAAAGCGACAGCGGAUAAUUCAAAAGCAAAUGAAGUCGAUAUUCAUCUAUCCAUUUGCAUAUUGUUUCAUUUGGUUAUUCCCGUUUAUUUUACAAACAACCCAAUUUAAUUACGAAGAGGAGCACAAGCCUGUAUACUGGUUGAAUGUUCUUGGUGCUUUUAUGCAGCCUUUUUUUGGGUUUGUUGAUUCAAUGGUUUUUUUUUACAGAGAGCGGCCAUGGAAGUAUACUGCAAUGAAGUGUUUCCAAAGAGAGCACAAACAAAGAAUCGAUAAUAUUAUUGAAAGUAGUUUAUCGCAGCCGCGGUAUAGCAAUGCCGCCCAUUCUACAAAUACGGCAGCUACAAGUGACAGAAUUGCGAGGAACUCGCUCAAUGCUGGCGUAGGGUUAGUUGACAUUAGCAAGUAUAGAGCGUGGAGAAGGGUUCUUUGUAAAUGGAAAUUCCCAUUGUUUUCGCUCCCGACGGAGGCCAACAUUAAAAAGUAUCAAGAUAAAUAUAUUCGGAAAAAGUUGCAAGAACGUGACCAAACCUCUGAAGCAAUGCUGGUUGAGAACACACCACAAAACACGUUUCCAAAAAUCAAUAAACCUUUGAAGACUUAUGAUGGAAUAACAAUGAAUAAUAGCAAGAAUAGCAAGAACAACAGCAGCAGCAGCAACAACAACAGCAACAACAACAACAAUUACCACGGUGCAGAUCAAAGAGAACAAAUCGAUCCGUUAUCCACUACCAAUGGUCAUCUGUUUGAUAAUAUACUUUCAGAUGAGAGUAAUACAUUCCCAUUGGCCGAUAGACCGAAACGUAAUGGUGUGGUGCCUCUGCCUCGUGAUCAGCAAUACAACUCACCGCCAGUUUCACCUGGCCACGUAUUUGCUGAUAUGGCGCGGAAUACCAAUGAUAGUGACACUGGUGAUGAAUUAGACUUUGAACAAUUUUUAAAAUCGUAA